GCCAAAUUCAAAUUGUAAGGGAAAAAAGGGGGAGAAAGGGAGCAGCUGCAGCAGAGGACCGACGAUUAUCACAAGUAUCUGUUCGGGGAUUAGACCUACCAAUCAAUAACCACAGACACAAAAAAAAUCAUGGAUGGGUUCGGAAGAGCUGUGGUUGGAGUCUGGCGGGCGCACACAGUCCUGGAUGAAUCUGAUGGAGCAGAGAGCUCCCCAGAAGUUCCUGAUCGUUUCCGUAAGAUGCCCUCUUCAUCCUCCCUCGGCUCCCUGCGGAUGUCCUUGCGGAAGCGGCUGCCGCUCCGGUCGGUCCAGGCAAACUCUCUCCCGGAAACAUCAGCCACAGAAAUCCAGAAGCAGCAGCCCAAACCCAGCACGGCCCGCAAGCUCUCCCGCAGCGCCAGGAACUCCAUCAGCGAAAUGUGCCAGAGGUUUCAAAGGACCAGAGAGUUUUCACGCGAGGAGUGCUUAGUGGCCACCCCGGGUCGAGACGCAGAAAUUGCAGGUGCGUCAUCUUGCACUCCGCGGCGUACUCCUCGCCGAGCUGCAACACCCAGGCGGACCCCUAGAUCUGCUGCCAAACCCGGCCGCACGCCGGGAUCUAGAGAACGAAAGACCCCUGAAGCGUCUGUACGUGGGGUGAGAACGGGGAGAGGCAGGAGGCAGCUGGUCCGAAUGGCUGCGCUGCGAAGUCCCUUUUCUUCCCCAAACACAGAGAACCAGAGAAUAAAAUUUGACAAAGAUUUGGAGUCUGUUUCCAGUGGAAUCAGAAGGCUCAAACAUCUGUCCAAGGCUUUUGACGACAUAAUCCGAAGAGAGGACAGGGAGCUCACACAUCCCCUGAUUGUGGAGUAGGACCCAAGGUAACUCAACUCCUGGAAAGAUGUUUAACCGAACCUGAACACUGUUACUAAUUUCAGCAUGAAAAUGCAUGACGGCGCCCCCCCUCCUCAUGGCUAUCUGUGUGGCUUCACAAACUAAGCCUUGAAAAUCUAACAUUCUAACAGUUUGUCAUCUAAUGAAUAACUUUCAGUUCAAGCAAGGAAUGUUUUUCUUUUGUCACUUUGCAGUUAUGCUAAAGAGAGCUUGGAGGGACUUGAUAUUUUAAAACUCCUGAUGGAAAGCUGUGAUAUUAAAAAUCUGUCAUGUCAAGUGUCACAGAUAUUGUUGCAUGUACAAAUAAUUUAUGAUUUCCUUUUGUUUUUGUUUUAAACUUUUUUUAUUUAUUUUUCUUAUGGCAGGAUAUUGUUUUUGAAACUUAUUUCUGACUGUCCAGUCCCACGUGGUUUAUAUAAAUUCUUCAUAGCCAUGAAUGCCAUAUUCAUUUUGGGUGAAUUAAUCAUCUUUAUUCAGAAUAAUGUUUUUAUAGUAGAUUUUCUCCAAACGGGGUCAACAUUUUUUAUGUUUUCCUAUGUUCAUCCAUGCCCCCUAAUAUUUUUCUAAAUGUAAUUUAGCAAGUUUUGUCUUGACAAGAUCUCUUUUUUUUCUUUUUUUUUGUGUGUACAGCUUGAAAUAAACUUCUGGUAUAUUUCAGGCUUGAUAUUUGACUGCUCUUCUUGGCAGAACUGUAGAGCUCAUGUAAAUCAGUUAAAUUCCGACAUUCAUAUUUAUAAUGAUGCCUGUAUUGAUUAAACAGGUUAUAGAUGGAUAGAUAUAUUAAUUAAAUACUGUAAGUCCUGUUUUUUGACAGACCUGGUUCAAGCAACUGUCCUGGAGGGGCGAUGAUGAGAAAGUUGGACCCCAGUGGGAAACUCAGUCGGUCCAACCUCGCGCGCCGCGCAUCAAAUCUCUCAAACACACUGGGAGGAUGGGCCAACACAGCUGUGAACACUAUCCGGAAACCAAACUGAAGCACACAGAGCCUUCAGUAGCCAUGUUUUAAAGGUGUUAUUGUGGCGUCACUGUUACAUGUACUGAGAAACUUUCCUAUAGCUGCUUGAUUUUUGUCUUCUAUGUGUGUUUAGCAUUAUUUGUGAGUCUUGUGUUUACAUGUCUCAGGUUAGCUCUGUAGGGUGAACAUCCUCAUAGCUACCAAAGGGAUUGUGAUGUUUAAACAAUAUAUUUUAGUUACAUAUCCUAACUAGUAUAAAGAAAUGCUGCACUAUACUCAGAUUGUAGCUGUAAAACUAACACUAAGUGUUCUGAGAGAGUACAGGUGGUUUGUCUUUACUAUAUGUGUAUGUAGAAAUCCUAAUGUUUUUAUAUUCCUUUUAAUAAACCAAAAUGUUAUAUUUUUCGUUUUUUAUACAUGUGUAACGGGACCUUUUUUUUAUAUAUAGCCUGGGUAAUAUUUAAAUGGGAACUUUCUAGCAGAGGUUGUUGCUUGCAAUGGUCUGUGAAUGAUUCAUGCUCCAAUACAGUACACAUAAAUCAUCAGAUAAUGUGAUGGGGGGAGAGUUAAAGGCUCAUUACCAGAUGAUGGCAGUGAUGAUGAUGUUAUGAAGAAAAAUCCAGUGAGUUAUUAGUGUAGUGACAGCUUCAAAUGAAGCAAAACACUUUUUUUUUUUUUUUCUUCGCUGUGCUUCCUUUUUCUGAAUUAAUGGGGAAGAAGGGAGAAUCUGUGCCUAACUGUGAAAAUGAAUUGGACAAUAAAAACUGCAAGUCAA